AUGGCAUGUUUAGUCCCAGGAGUACUAAUCAAGCUCCUACAAACCAUAAACUCCAACCACAAAAUCAGGGGAGAACACAGGUCCAUCCUCUUACAGGUCAUCAGCAUAGUCCCGGCUAUCACGGGCUCCGAGCUUUACCCGGACCACGGCUUUUUCCUCAAAGUCUCCGACUCGUCACACUCGACGUACGCUUCCCUCUCGAAAACCGACACUGACCUCAUCCUCAACAACAAGCUCGGGCUCGGCCAGUUUUUCUACGUCGACAGGCUGGCGGCCGGGAAUCCCGUGCCCGUCCUGACAGGUGUCAGGCCAGUCCCGGGCAGGCACCCGUUUGUCGGGAGCCCGAAAGACCUUAUGCAGAUGCUGGAAGGGCCCGCCGCGGGGAAGUUUGUCGACAAGUUAGAGGACCUGAGUGCAAAUAGGAAGAAGAUUGUUAUUAAAGAGGAGAAGGCAGGGGUUGCCUCAAGGUACAUGCAAGGGGUGGCGGUGAGGGGCCAGAAAUUGGAAGGGAAGGAGAUUAGGGACCAGAAGGAGAAUAAUGACAACUUUGAGGGUAAAAAGGAAAAGGUUGGUUUGAGGGUUAAGCAGAUUAAUGAGCAGCCUAAUGGUCAGGCAAGGGCAUCAUCAAGUCCUGAGAAGUCAGAUACAGUGUCAAAAAACAGUAAAGCAGAAGAAAAUGUGGCAAUAAUAUCCUCCAAGUUUGUGGCACUCAAAACUUCAAACAAACAAGAACACAUCAUUAAUUUCAAUGUUCCUACUAACAAAAAGCAAUGUGCUGCUGACAUCAUAUCAUGGUCCAGUUUGCCACCCACUCUGCUUAAGCCUGCAAAGGGAAUGAUUAGAAGGGGAAAUCUGGCUGCUUUGGUAGCAGCACAAGCACAAAAAGAAGCAAAUGCAGCUGCAAAUCUUGCCAAGUGCCUCAGUAUAUUUUCCGAUCUCCAUUCAUCCGCUUCGCCCGAGAUCCCACACCUCUCCCUCUCCAAAUUCUUCACCCUCCAACAGCUCAUCGAAAAAUCGGAAACUACAACACCAGCUCACGAACUCCUCCAGAGUUCACAACCCAGCCUAAUAUCACUCCAAGAAAACAACAAGCCGAACAAGAAAAACGGCCCACCACUCCGCAAAACGGGCUGCAAGAGCCCAAAGCCACCCUCACCAUUCGACCUCACGCCCGCCGACAAGCUGGAAUGGUCAAAGGGAGACGGGUCAAAAGUGAUCUCCCAAGUCAAAGAGGUCCUAAAAAACGAGGCACAAUCUUGGUUCCUUAGCUUUCUCGAACAAGCGCUGGAAAACGGGUUCAGACAAGAAAAGAAAGCGAAAGACAGGUUGACUUUGGAGCACAACAGCCACAUCGCGUUGACUUUGUCGCAUUUGAAGCAAGCAAACGAGUGGCUCGAUAAGGUGAAGAGGGAGAGAGGUGAUUUGGUGGGCACAGUCGAAAGUUUGAAGGAGAAAGUGUACGCGUGUUUGCUGCUUCAUAUAGACUCUGCAGCCUCGGCUUUGGAAAGUCGAAAAACAGCGUGA